GAAAUAAGUAAAGGGGACUUCUUCUCUCCCCCACCUUCCUCUCUCUCAGAAAACAUCAAUCUUACCUUCUCCGUCUGGUUUUUUUGUGUUGCAGUCUGUUUUGCAGAGCGAAUUCUAGGGUUUCUCCAUUUCUACGAACAACGCGCAUGUACUCUGAAUUUCGUGAAAUUGUUGUAUUCAUGGUGGAUUUAGUUUUGUUGUUUCCGAUCGCAUUUGCUAAUUCAACUGCCAAUCCUUACAGAAAUCUCUGACCUAAUGACUGUUGACAGUAGUGAAUGGCUCGAUUUCACUCUCGUUCUCUUCGUUUCUCAAAUUUUAUUGCGCUUGUAGUUGUUCUUGUUACAGAGCCUCCUCAUUCUGUUGUCUCAUCGUCCACGGUCGAUGAAUUUUCCAUUCUCGAUUACGAUGGAUUUCUUUCUCACCAUGAUUAUUCGCCGCCGGCUCCACCGCCACCACCGCCUCAUCCGCCUUCGGUUUCCUGCACACGGGAUUUAGAUGGAGUUGGCUCUUUGGAUACUACAUGUCAGAUUGUCAACGAUUUGAACCUUACUCAUGACGUGUAUAUAGCUGGGAAGGGGAAUUUUUAUAUACUGCCUGGGGUGAAGUUUAAUUGUCCUAAACCGGGGUGUUCGAUUACCAUUAACAUUACUGGCAAUUUUACGCUGAGCAAUGAUUCGUCUAUAUUUACCGGGAGUUUUGAGCUGGCUGCCUGGAAUGCUAGCUUUCUCAAUGGGUCUGUGGUGAAUACGACUGGUUUAGCUGGGAAUCCGCCGUCACAGACUAGUGGGACGCCACAAGGUAUUGAUGGGUCAGGUGGGGGACAUGGAGGGAGGGGAGCAUGUUGUUUGACGGAUAAAACCAAGCUUCCUGAGGACUAUUGGGGAGGUGAUGCGUACUCAUGGGCGUCGCUGCAGAAGCCUAGCAGUUUUGGGAGCCGGGGUGGUUCCACGAGCAAGGAGGUAGACUAUGGUGGAAAGGGUGGCGGAAAGAUUAAGUUGAACGUAGGCGACCUUCUUAUAAUUGAUGGGGCUGUUCUAGCUGAUGGGGGUGAUGGAGGGACAAAAGGAGGAGGUGGGUCAGGUGGCAGCAUCUAUAUCCUUGCUCACAAAAUGAUUGGCGAUGGCAGGAUAAGUACAUGUGGAGGUAAUGGAUAUGGUGGUGGUGGCGGUGGAAGAAUCUCUGUUGAUGUUUUCAGCAGGCAUGAUCCCCAAAUUUUUGCGCAUGGGGGACGUAGUUUGGGUUGUCCAGAAAAUUCUGGUGGUGCUGGAACCAUAUACGAUGCUGUUCCUCGAAGCCUUACAAUUUCCAAUCAUAACUUGACUACGGAUACAGACACACUUCUUUUGGAGUUUCCUAAUCAACCACUCAUGACGAAUGUUUAUGUUCGAAAUAAUGCUAGGGCUUCAGUUCCUUUGCUCUGGAGCCGUGUCCAGGUUCAAGGUCAGAUUAGUCUUCUAUCUGGGGGAGUUUUAAGUUUUGGGCUGGCUCACUUUGCCUCAUCAGAGUUUGAGCUAUUGGCAGAAGAACUCUUAAUGAGCAAUUCAGAAAUCAAGGUAUAUGGGGCACUACGCAUGUCGGUGAAAAUGUUUUUGAUGUGGGAUUCUAAAAUGCUUAUAUAUGGAGGUGGAGAUUCUGGUGUCUUGACAUCCUUGCUUGAGGCUAGUAACUUAAUUGUUCUUCGGGAAUCAUCUAUUAUACAUUCUAAUGCUAACCUGGGAGUCCAUGGACAAGGUUUAUUGAACUUGUCGGGUCCGGGAGAUCGGAUUGAAGCACAACGUUUAGUUCUGUCUUUAUUUUAUAGUAUUCAUGUUGGUCCUGGAUCUAUUUUGCGAGGUCCUGUAGAUGAUGCCGCAAAAAAUACUGUGACUCCUAAACUCUACUGUGGAGACCAAGAUUGCCCUAUUGAACUAUUCCGUCCACCUGAAGAUUGCAAUGUGAACUCAUCGCUAUCUUUCACUCUCCAGAUCUGCAGAAUUGAAGAUAUCACUGUAGAGGGUCUUAUCAAAGGUUCGGUGGUUCAUUUCCACAGGGCAAGAACUAUAACUGUCCUGUCUCGUGGGAUCAUCAGUGCAUCUGGGAUGGGCUGCACAGGCGGUGUGGGAAGAGGGAAUGCCGUUGGCAGUGGAAUAUACAGUGGUGGUGGGUAUGGUGGUAAAGGUGGGGAAGGAUGCUUCAAUAAUAACUGUGUUGCAGGUGGCAUCUCUUAUGGGGAAGCAGAUCUUCCCUGUGAGCUUGGUAGCGGGAGUGGAAAUGGUACUUUAGCUAGUUUCUCAUCAGGUGGAGGCAUUAUAGUGAUGGGCUCUAUAGCGCAUCCUUUGUCAAGCUUGUCCAUUGAAGGCUCGGUGACAUCUGAUGGAGACAAUUUCAACGGAAUUGAAGACGUGAAAAAAUUGACUAAUAUUCAAGGCUCUAGUACAGGUCCUGGGGGAGGGUCUGGGGGAACUAUCCUCCUUUUUCUUCAUACAAUGGCUCUUGGUUCAUCUGCUGUUCUUUCAAGUACUGGUGGAUAUAGUGUAGCAAAUGGAAGUGGUGGAGGUGGUGGAGGAAGGAUUCACUUUCAUUGGGCCCACAUACCUACAGGAGAUGUGUACCAGCCCAUUGCUAGUGUGAAAGGACAUAUUGGGACCUGGGGAGGUACAGGUGGUGAACAGGGUGGUGGAGGUGAAAAUGGUUCUGUGACUGGUAGAGCGUGCCCUUCAGGUCUUUAUGGAACAUUUUGUGAGGAAUGUCCUGUUGGUACUUACAAGAAUGUCAGUGGAUCUGAUAGAGCUCUUUGUCAGCAAUGUCCCCCUGAUGAGCUUCCACAUCGUGCCAUUUAUGUAUCUGUUCGAGGUGGCAUUGCUGAAACUCCUUGCCCCUACAAAUGCAUUUCAGAUAGAUACCACAUGCCAAAAUGUUAUACUGCUCUUGAAGAGUUAAUUUAUACAUUUGGUGGUCCUUGGCUAUUUUGUGGUCUUCUAUUUGCUCUCCUUGUUUUGCUGGCAUUGGUGCUUAGUGUUGCACGGAUGAAAUUUGUUGGGGUGGAUGAAUUACCUGGUCCUGUGCCCACUCAACAUGCAUCUCAAAUAGAUCAUUCCUUUCCUUUCUUGGAGUCAUUGAAUGAGGUCCUCGAAACAAAUAGAGUUGAGGAGUCUCAGAGUCAUGUGUAUAGAAUGUACUUUAUGGGUCCAAACACCUUUAGUGAACCCUGGCAUCUUUCACACUCCCCUCCAGAGCAACUGAAAGAGAUUGUAUAUGAGAGUGCAUUUAACAAAUUUGUGGAUGAUAUCAAUGCAAUAGCGGCAUAUGAAUGGUGGGAGGGUGCAGUAUACAGCAUUCUUUCUGCUCUUGCAUAUCCUCUCGCAUGGUCAUGGCAACAAUGGCGUCGAAAGCUGAAACUGCAACUUCUACGUGAGUUUGUUAGAUCAGAAUAUGAUCAUGCUUGUUUGCGGUCUUGCCGCUCUCGAGCUCUUUAUGAAGGCAUUAAGGUCACAGCAACAUCCGAUCUAAUGCUUGCAUUUGUCGACUUCUUUCUGGGUGGAGACGAGAAAAGAACAGAUCUUCCUCCUCGUUUGAAUCAAAGAUUUCCACUGUCCUUGCUCUUUGGAGGCGAUGGAAGUUACAUGGCUUCUUUUUCACUUCAUAAUGACAAUAUUCUUACUAGUCUCAUGAGCCAGGCUCUACCACCUACGACAUGGUACCGGAUGGUUGCUGGUCUGAAUGCACAGUUACGGUUGGUUCGUCGUGGCCAACUUAGAUCAACAUUUCUACAUGUUGUUAAAUGGCUGGAAACUUUUGCAAAUCCUGCUUUGAGGAGUCGUGGCAUUCGUGUGGAUCUUGCUCAGUUUCAGGCCACAGCCUGUGGUUAUUGCCAGUAUGGUCUCCUUCUAUAUGCUGAUGACGGAAUCAGUCCUUCGCCCAUGAGAAUUUAUCAUGGAAAUGAAGAAAAUGAUCAAACUUCUAGUCUGAAGAACGUUCUUAGAGAAAAUCAAUUUGUCCAUGUGAGGGAAGAAACUCAUUUAAGCCAAGACUAUAUUUCUAGUGAAGGCCGUACAAGGCGAAAGAAGACAUAUGGGGGCAUCUUAGAUGUUAGUAGUCUACAAAUGCUCGAGGAGAAGAGAGAUAUAUAUUGCCUCCUAUCUUAUGUGCUUCACAACACUAAACCUGUUGGUCAUCAGGAUCUUGUUGGUUUACUCAUAUCAAUCCUACUUCUAGGGGAUUUCAGCUUGGUUUUGCUUACUCUACUUCAGAUGUUUUCUAUUUCAUUGGCAGACGUUUUCUUAGUUUUGUUUAUUUUACCGCUUGGCAUUCUCCUUCCAUUCCCUGCUGGAAUCAAUGCCUUGUUCAGCCAAGGACCGAGACGCUCUGCAGGCCUUGCUCGUAUCUAUGCAUUGUGGAACAUCACAUCAUUGGUCAAUGUUUUGGUUGCGUUUCUCUGUGGAUAUGUACACUUGAAAUCUCAAUCGUCCGGGCAUCCAAGCUUUCAGCCAUGGACUAUUAACAUGGAUGAAAGUGAAUGGUGGAUCUUCCUAGCAGGAUUGGUUGUUUGUAAAUUUCUUCAAUCCCGACUCGUUAAUUGGCACGUUGCGAAUCUGGAGAUCCAAGAUCGAUCCUUGUACAGUAACCAGUUCGAUAUGUUCUGGCAGUCCUGAUGAUUAUUAUUUGCUCAUCUUGACAGACUAUUCUCUCUUACCUUGUCCUUUUUUUUCUGGGUGAGGGAAAGCUGUUCUUUACCACAUGGGUAGGCGUUCUUUCUCUACCCAUUUCUUCAAAAUACGGCUUCACCAUUCACACUCGUUAACCCUUAGAGCAGAAUAGAUAACAACAAACAAAUCAUCUUUAUUAAGAUCCAAACAUAUGGAUCAAACAAAAAAAAAAAAAAAAAAAAAAAAAAAAAAAAAAAAAAAAAAGGAAGAACAAGAAUGAGUUAUUCUCAAUUGUAAUCAAAUCAUUUGUUUUGUUUCCCUUUUUUGGUGUGGUCUCCAGUGAUGAUGUAUUACUUGGGAUCUGUUAUUAUCCCUUUUGUGUAAUUCUGGGUAGAAGAUUUAAGAUUUAAGAUCAUUCUGUAAUAAGCUCAGUGGCUAUGGCGUAGUAGUGUGCUUUCAAAUGAAGUGUCGAAUUCAUAAAUCUC